AUGCAAAUUGGACUACUGCCUGUUCUGAUAUUACCGUUUGAUUCAGUGCGCCCAACAACAGAAACCAGCCCGGGUAGAAAAACAACAGAAACCAGCCCGGGUAGAAAAACAACAGAAACCAGCCCGGGUAGAAAAACAACAGAAACCAGCCCGGGUAGAAAAACAAACAGCGUCAACCCACCCUCAAUACAGGUACGAUAUGAGUCUCGUGGCCGAAGUACUUUCAUGUCUGACCACAGAGAGGAUAAUACGAACGACAGACUCUUGGAGCCUUAUGAUACACCGAUUUCGGCAGGCACUAUUCGCGCCGUCGUGGUUGUUGGAUUAAUAACCCUAUUCGUUGCCUCUUUUCUUUACUGGCAGUCUUGGAAAGAGAGGCACAAGAAACCACCGUGCGUGACGAAACUGAAACAAGGGAUUAGCGAUGUUGUCAACGCGCAGUGCAGCCGUGUCCGGGCGAACAGAGCAAGGGCUGACGCCGGUCUCCGACUGGAUGAGACCAGACAAGGAACAAUUAGCGCCGGGGAUAGGCUUGGUCAAAGAGGCCAUAAUAGUGGCGCGAUACCAGGUCGGAUCAAGCCAGAGAUUCUUCGGCAUUCUCCGCUACCUUCGUCGUCCAGUUCCACAUCACUCUCGCCCUCAACGUCUUCGUCUAUUUACCAUUCACCCGCCUCGUCGCAGAUGAUCUUUAUAUGUGAGACAUUCAAGCCGACAAAGGAAAACGUCGGUGAGAUGCUGACUGUGGCACAGUCACACAGAGGAUACAAUUUAGGGACAUACAGGACGCCGAGCGAACAGUUGAUCUUGCACGCCACAACUGAGAGUUCAUCAAAUCUCUCUCUCUCUCUCUCUCUCUCUCUCUCUCUCUCUCUCUCUCUCUCAAAUAUAAUUUGCCUCUACGGUAUUUUCUUUCUUUUUAAGUUCCAUUUUGCCUCGAUGCUUUUUUGUCUCUCAUUUUUCUUUCUUUCUUUCUUUCUUUCUUUCUUUCUUUCUUACUUAAAUGAACAGCCUCAGGCUCAGUUUCUUUCUUUCUUUCUUUCUUUCUUUCUUAAAUGA